UGAGAAUGGAGUUUUUAGUCGAAAAAAUAUUUACGAUUUCAGAGGUUACUUGGAACAUGAGGAAACUUGGUAUAUCGUGGAUGGUAGGAAACCGAUGGAUUAUGUCGCAAAGACAAUUCUCAUCUGUUCGCCUAUGAAGGAUCACUAUAGGAACUUUGAUAAGCUUGUCGGGACAACAAUACGGUACAUGCCGGUGUGGGAGUGGGAAGAGGUCGAUGCAUGCAGGACUGUGAUCUAUAAUCAUCUUAAAGAAUCUGAGGUUAAGCAGUUAUUUCUUAAAUGGGGAGGGAUCCCUCGGUUUGUUCUGGAGAAGGCUAGUGACCCAACUCAGCAAAAUACGCUCGAAGAUGCGAUUGCUAGAUUUAAUUAUAUUGGUAAAAGUGAUAGCCGAGAUGAAGUCAGUCACAAACUUAUUCAUAUCUGCACGAACCCCCUGAUUGAUGAAAGCGAAGAUGAUGGAAGCGAUAUAGAGGUCGAAAGUGGUGAAGAAGUUGAAUACGUCGAUGAGGAACCCUAUACUCUAAAAACUAUAACAUUUGCAUCUGAUUAUGUGGGUGAAAAAGUGACUGAGAAACUUAAAAUAUCAAUAUUAGACAAAUUACGUACGCAAUUCGAACUAAGCUUGACAGAGGGAAUAAACAAUCCAUACUUGGGUAGCUGUUUUGAGCAGAUCGCUCACAGGAUGUUGCGGAAUGGGGGAACUUUCAAAGUUCGUUCUUUAGAGAAUAAUGACGAUGGAACAUUAAAUAAAGAUAUAAAGAAACAGAACGAGAUACUUACGUUUUCUGCAGUUCAAACAAUUGAGGAUGGAAAGUACUAUCGACCGGAUAAUAAAAAUUUUCCGUCGAUUGAUGCAAUUAUUGCUCCCGAUAUGCUCUUCCAGAUGACUACUGCCAUAAAUCAUCCUAUUAAGAUUAUUGGUUUGAAGAAACUUGUUAGCAAAUUAGCGAGGACGGGCGAAAUCUCCUUUUAUUUUGUUGUACCGGCAGAGUUGUACGAUCGCUAUCAAAAUCAGAAGUUUAUUGCCACUAAUAAUGCUAAUAUUCGGAGAAUGCCAAGUUGGAUUAAAAAUCGCGUCAAGCAAUACGCUCUGAGAAUUGAUUUGAGCUCUGAAAGUUCAUCAAGUGAAAGUUCACUAAAAAGAAAAUGUAGUUCAUCAGGAGGGGCUAGUUCAUCGAAAAAAGUUAAAAAAUAG